AUGUCUUCAGAUAACCAGUGGUCAGCAGAUGAAGAUGAAGGCCAGUUAUCCCGACUGAUCAGAAAAUCUAGAGACUCCCCAUUUGUCCCUGUAGGGAUAGCAGGCUUUGUGACUGUGGUGUCCUAUGGUCUUUACAAGUUGAAAUACAGAAGAGAUCAGAAAAUGUCCAUUCAUCUUAUUCACAUGAGAGUUGCUGCCCAAGGAUUUGUUGUAGGAGCUGUGACUCUAGGUGUUCUCUACUCUAUGUACAAGGAUUACAUUAGACCUCGAUUCUUCAAUAGGUACAAAAAAUGA